AUGGCUCCAGACACUCCAAAGAGGGUAGAUGGCCUACUGGUGACCAGUCCGGUCAUCACAGACCGCUGGGAUGCAGUCUUGGACCUCUGCAGGACCAAGCUUGAUCCCAAGGAUUUUGACAUUGUGAGCCGUUUUGGCUCCAUCGAGGAGCUGAUCCAGUUCGGCAGCGCCUUGCAUUCGCGCUACAGCGGAAGGGCAAAGGCCUUUGAACUGGCCCGCUUGAUCGCCUUCUUCGAGCGCUUGAGAACAUUCCAUGGCAGCUUCGACGUGCUCGUCCACGUCCAGCCCACCGUUGCCGCGCCCAUAUGGGGCAGCAUCAAGCUCUGUGUUGAACUGGUGCAUGAAACAAAUGAAGUUUUUGAGCUCAUCGUUGAGAUGUUCGAUGAAAUCAAACACACGCUUCCGCGUAUCGAAACCUAUAUCGAGGUCCUUGGGCCGUGUCCUUCCCUUACAGAGCCUUGUCAGGAGCUCUACUGGCUUAUCGCCGAGUUCUCUUGCCAGGUCAUUUCGUACUUUCGGAAAAAUCCAUUGAAGAACAUCUUGUUCGCGACCUGGAAGCCAUUCCGCCCCAGUCUCGAGAAGACAAUCGCAAGAAUCCGGAAGAAGAGCCGGCAGAUAGAGCUCGAAGUUCAGACUUUGAGCCUGCAGAAGAAUGCCAUGCACCAUGAGGAAAUCAAGGACAUGUUGUCGAGGCUGGAGAUAAGGACAAGAGCACGCCUUCCUUGUCACAGAGUGCCAUACUCGAAGAAUCCGGCAUUCGUUGGCCGGGACGAGGAGCUUGAGGAGAUGCACAACCACCUGUCGGCGCCAUCUGUCAAUCAACGUGUAGUGUCACUGUACGGGCUUGGUGGAGUAGGAAAGACUCAGUUGUGUCUGGAGUACCUAUCGAAACACGUAGCGUCAUAUGAGGCCGCAUUCUGGAUUUCUGCAGACUCGUUGGUCAAGCUGGCCCAAGACGUCAGGGUGGCAGUCACCAAGUUGGGCCUUGUCCCCGACGAGGCUGAAGCAUCCGAUCAACAGUGUAAAACAGUCUUUUGGAACUGGCUUCAAGAGACAGAUGCGAGCUGGCUCCUGGUCUUUGACAAUGCGGAUGACCUGAAAGUCCUGCAAGGAUACUGGCCCAAAUCAAAGCAUGGACACAUUCUCCUGAACAGCCGUGAUCCAGCAUCUGCCAGAUUUCCUGUCAACAGUAAAGAUAUGAAAGGAAUCCACGUUCCUCCUCUCUCCGAGUCCAAGGCGGCCGAGCUGCUGCUUGAUCUGGUCCGUCAGUCAGAUCAUUGCGGGGUUGAUGAAGACGUAGAAGAGACCGAGCUCGCUCGCCAACUCACCAAGAGCCUCGGGGGGUUGCCGUUGGCCAUCAAUCAGAUUGCGAAUUACAUGCUGGAGUCCCAGUGCGACUUGGAAGAGAUUUGGGACAUCUACUCGGACUUCCGCAACCGAGCAUCUCUGCUGGAUCAGGACGCUGGGAAUCUACACAUGGACUAUCCCCAUUCGCUCAACACUGUCUGGGACAUCUCAAUGUCCCGGGUCGAGUCCGCAAACAAAGAUUCCCGACACCUGCUUCAACUGCUCGCACUUCUUGAUCCUGACGGGAUUCCGGAGAGCCUCCUGACCGGAUCAGAUCGGCAGCGCGUUGGAUCAUCCUUUGCGCGGUUGCAGUAUCUCGAGAACAAGAUGGUCUACCUCGACACAACGCGACCCCUGUUGCAGCAGUCUCUGAUAUCGAAGGACAAAAGCCGACGAGUCGUUUCCAUGCAUCGCUUGGUGGGGGCGAUUACGCUAAACAAGAUGACACAGGAAGACCGCCAAGCGCGGUUCGACGAAGCCGUCGAGCUUCUGUACAGAGUCUAUCCUCAGCUGACCCCGGACAAGGCCUCGUUGGACAGCCAAUGGCCGCGAUGUCGGCUUUACCUUCCACAAGUCAUGUCACUCGAGCAAUUCUACCGUGAAUCGGACCCACCUCUACUCCCUCGGGCGGAAUUCGCCGUGAUCCUCGCGAAUGCAUCAUGGUACCUCUUCGAACAGGGGUUGCCGGCCCAGGCAAUGCAGAUCCUGCCGAAUGCCCGAGAGGUGGGCGAGAAGACUCUGCCAAAGCAAUAUCCUCUGGCAACAAUCUACAGGACAUUUGGUGGCAUCUAUCUCGACGUCAACAGAGCCGGCGACGCCUUGGUCAACUUUUCGAAUCAACUGAAGGUGUUGCAGGAAAUGGGAUCGCCCAAUGACCUUGUGCAGGCCCACGGUUACACCAACGUGGCCCUUGCCGAGCUGGGCACCGGGGACUACAGACAAGCCCGGAAGGACCUGGAUAGGGCGCAAGAGAUUCGGUCCAAAUACCCCGGUCAGGCUGAAGGCUACAAGGGAAUGACACUCGACGUCAUCGGGCUUUUGGAAGGGCUGGGCGGAGACUACGAAAGUUCGAUACAGCAUCUCAAAGCAGCCAUCGAGCUCUAUGACGCAGACUUGGGAGCGGGAAACUACUUGACAGCUUUCUCCAACUUUUCCCUUGGGAAUAUUUAUAUACGGAAAGGCGACCUCGUGGAAGCUUUCAAACUCCAUACCUCCAGUCUAUCCGUCCGCAGAGACAUUCUCGGCGAGACCUAUCGAACCGCAGCUUCGCUGCACAAGGUCGCCUGGUUCUUGCAUGGCCGGGAUGAACAGGCUGCCUCAGAAGAAAUGCUUCUGAAAGCCUUAACGAUUUAUCAGCGCUCUUAUGGAGGCAAAGGUGGGACUGGACGCUCGACGUAUUUGAUGAGCAUGGUCCUCGAGAGCUUGGGGCGUGAGGAAGAUGCGAAGAACAGCAAAAAGCUGGCAGCUGAUAUCCGACAAGAGCUACUGGGCAUUCCCCCGGACGAGCAGGAUAACAUGGAGUCAUAUGACAAAUUGGUGGGCACACUGGAUCGUUGA